AUGAGCGGCAAUACAGUCUUAAUCACAGGUACCAACCGAGGUAUUGGACUAGCAUUGGCCGAGUUAUACAUCGCUAAGGGAUAUACAGUCAUCAGUGCAGUCCGUAGUCCCGAGAAACAAGCUGCUCUUUCUCCUCGGUCAGGUACAAAAGCAAGACACUUGAUCGUUAAGAUGGACGUGGCCGAUGCGGAGUCAGUGAAAUUGGCUUUCGAUGAAAUCAAGAACAAAUUCAAGAUCGAUCGACUGCACGUUGUAAUCAACGACGCUGCUAUCGGUGUCACCUUGAAGAAUGCCUUCCUCGUUCGAGAUGCUGAUCCGGCUCGAUAUGCGGAGGCCUUCAAUAUCAAUCUCCUGGGUACCUUGCAUCUCUUCACCGCUGCGUACCCUUUACUUCCGCAAGAUGGCAGUGGGAAGUUCAUUGCGAUCUCAACUCUCGCGGCUGUUCAGUCGAUGGAACAUUGGCCCAUUGGAGGCGCAUACUCUUUAAGCAAGAACGCUGUCAACUAUCUUACUCGCCAGAUCCACUUUGAGGAGAAGAACUUGAUCACCUUCACCGUCAGUCCAGGAUGGGUCGAUACCGAUAUGGGCUAUGAAGGAGCGACAGCCUUCGGAGCAGCCGAUGGUCCACCUGAAAAGGUCUCAGUAACUGCCCCCCAAAUCGUCAAUGUCAUCGAGAAUGGAACUCGUGAACGGGAAGGCGGACGAAUGAUCAACUACGACGGUACAAUUUUCGACUGGGGAGCCUUGUACACACUUUCGCAAACAGAUGAUCAAGCCACAUUGAUCUCGGCUUUACACCGAAAUGGAACUGCCAAAUAUGUCACUGCAGUUCAGACAGGAGGCAAAGGAGCAGGUGCCAGAGGUCCUGAUGCUUUACAAUCAAGUGAUUCGUUACUUGUUCAUGACAACUUGCUGUUAGCUGUCAAUCCUGCGAGUGAUGAAUUAUCUCUCUUCUCGAUUAAUCCAGCAGAACCCUGGGACAUCCAACAAGUCGGCAAUAACACAUGGUCAGGAGGGAACUAUCCCACUUCAAUUGCGGUGUCACCUGAUGGGAACAAAGCGUGCGUUACCAAUGCUGGUUCAGACUCGAAUGUCCGAUGUUUCGAUAUCACUCGAAACGGACUGCAACUUAUUACCUCCUUCAACUUCGAUCUCGGACUCAACCAGACAAACCCGCCGAUCGGACCUCCCAAGACCCCUUCGGACCUCGCUUUCACCGCUGAUGGACAAAUCCUGCUGGUGACCGUCAAAGGAUCCGGCAACGCGACUGAAGGUCCGGCAGGUCGGAUCGAGCUCUUCGUCGUGUCUAGUGAUUCUAUCCCUCACAAGUCGACUUUAUAUCCCGCUACUGGCUCAGGGGGAUUUCCAUUCUCUAUCACUCCCAUUGCCAACUGUGGGGCUUACCUUGUGACAGAUCCUGCUGUCGGCGCUGAUUUGAUCCGGAUCGAAAGAGAUGGAUCAGUCUCAUACAAUUCUUCUAUCACUAUUCCAGAUCAAGCUGCCACAUGUUGGAGUGCCUAUUCUUCCGUGACUGACCAGUAUUUCACGAUUGACCUCGCAACUGCCAAAAUUACGCCUUUAUCAAUCAACUCGACCACCCUCGAACCGACUUUACUCCCUGGUGUGAACAUUACUUCCAUCUCGGAAAACCCGGGGUCUUUGGUCGAUGCGAGGAUCGCUCAUUUUUCAGAUCAACAAGAUUACUUGUACUCCCUCGUUGCAGGAGAUCAGACUGCCCGGAUAUUCUCUCUAUCUGCAGGUCAUCAAGGUGGUUUAUCCGACUCUAUCCAGACGUACGAGUUGGGAGCGGCAUUCAAUAGUACUGGAGGUGCUGUAGGGACCAGUAUCGAAGGUUUAGCAGUGUUUCUUCGGCCAUCAUGGUAUUAA